AUGCACAACGACGCAUCAGUUGGACCUGAGACGCCUCACUCACCCUCCCGGGAAUGUUUACGACAAUGCAUCCACGUAGGAAGGAACGUCACGCUAAGGCAGUUCUAUCAAAACAAUCGAUUAGUCCAUAGAGGAACGCAGAUGACAGUCACGGACGAACCAUAUAUGAGCAAAUUGGAAUAUGAGUUGCGUCAAGUGAAGGAACAACUGAGAGAUACGGAAAAUCAGGUUGCGGCCCUUUCAGAUAAGGUGAUGACCUACAGGUAUAGAUGGCUUGAAAAAUACUACCGCGCCGACAACCUCGAGCGCCAUAUGCCUUUUGACAUCUACGUGCCUGUCCUUGGUCAGAUUGCAGCAGGUGCUCCAUCUCCCACUUACUCCUUGGAGUUCUUGGAGUAUAAUGAAGCGGGCAAAGUUUCCGGUGAGGAGCAUGGUGAAGAAGAGCAUCUUUGA